UCUGAUCUCAUCAUGAUCCUUAUCCUGAACAAAAAAUUUAUAUAAGGCUUGGAAAGACACAUUGAAUGGUAAGAAGAUAGUGUGUGAGUUAAAGCACUUAAUUGUGAGAAUGUCCAACAUGCAAAUUGUCCCAGCUUACAAGAAUAUUGUGGAGGCACAGUAUGUUGAAAUGAGAGUACCUUUGUAUUCUUAUGGCUGUGAGAAGAAAAUAAAGAAAAGCUUAUCAAGUCUCAAAGGCAUAUACUCAAUAAAUGUAGAUCAUUGUCAACAAAAGGUGACGGUUUGGGGAAUUUGCAACAAAUUUGAUGUGUUACAAACAGUUAGAAGCAAGAGAAAAGAUGCUUGUUUUUGGAACCAAGAAGACAAUGUUGUAUUAGAAAAUUCACAAACACAAUCCUCACCAACUCCAUUACCAACUUUUCCUCACAAAGACUUUAAGCCUUCUUUAUCUUUAACUAGGGUUAGGUCUUUGAGUUUGAAGGCAUGGAAAAAAGUCUUCACUAGAUCUUAUUCUUUCUAAAAGGAAAAUGUGAAUUAGAGAAUGAGAGCAACAAUAGUUAAAUAUGUUGUCUCUAUAAAUUUUAUAAAAAUUAAAAACAUAUUUAGUCUUUUUAAAUAGUUAAGCAUCUUUUUAAAGUUUAAGUGUAAAAUUUGUAAUGGUUGUAUUGGAUAUAUUUUCUUGU